CGGCGGUGGCGGCUCGGCGGGCUCGGCGGCUUCUGUCCUUCGGGCGGCUGCCCGAGCGCUGCCCCGCGGCGCCCGGACACACGUGGGCAGCUCGGCUAUGGCCCGCACCCCGCGACGUGGCGGCCAGGCUCGGGGGAGCGGGACGGCCCGGUCCAAGUGAGCCGGGGCCGCGCUCGCGCUCUCCGCCCGGGCCGCCCGGGAUGGCCGUGCCGCCGCUCCGCUGGGCGCUGCUGCUGUGGCAGCUGCUGGCGGCGGGCGGCGCGGCGCUGGAGAUCGGCCGCUUCGACCCGGAGCGCGGGCGCGGGCCGGCGCCGUGCCAGGUGGUGGAGAUCCCCAUGUGCCGCGGCAUCGGCUACAACCUGACCCGCAUGCCCAACAUGCUGGGCCACACGUCGCAGGGCGAGGCGGCCGCCGAGCUGGCCGAGUUCGCGCCGCUGGUGCAGUACGGCUGCCACAGCCACCUGCGCUUCUUCCUGUGCUCGCUCUACGCGCCCAUGUGCACCGACCAGGUCUCGACGCCCAUCCCCGCUUGCCGGCCCAUGUGCGAGCAGGCGCGCCUGCGCUGCGCGCCCAUCAUGGAGCAGUUCAACUUCGGCUGGCCAGACUCGCUUGACUGCGCCCGGUUGCCCACGCGCAACGACCCGCACGCGCUCUGCAUGGAGGCUCCCGAGAACGCCACGGCCGGCCCUGCCGAGCCCCACAAGGGCCUGGGGAUGCUGCCCGUGGCGCCGCGACCCGCGCGGCCCCCUGGCGACGCAGCCCCGGGCCCGGGCGCGGGAGGCACCUGCGAGAACCCAGAGAAGUUCCAGUACGUGGAGAAAAGCCGCUCGUGCGCGCCGCGCUGCGGGCCUGGCGUCGAGGUGUUCUGGUCCCGGCGGGACAAGGACUUCGCGCUGGUUUGGAUGGCCGUGUGGUCCGCACUAUGCUUCUUCUCCACGGCCUUCACCGUGCUCACCUUCCUGCUGGAACCCCACCGCUUCCAGUACCCGGAGCGCCCCAUCAUCUUCCUCUCCAUGUGCUACAACGUCUACUCGCUCGCCUUCCUCAUCCGCACCGUGGCUGGCGCACAGAGCGUGUCCUGCGACCAGGAGGCCGGCGUGCUCUACGUGAUACAGGAGGGCUUGGAGAACACCGGCUGCACCCUGGUCUUCCUGCUGCUCUACUACUUCGGCAUGGCCAGCUCGCUGUGGUGGGUGGUGCUGACGCUCACCUGGUUCCUGGCAGCAGGCAAGAAAUGGGGCCAUGAAGCCAUUGAGGCCCAUGGCAGCUACUUCCACAUGGCUGCCUGGGGCCUGCCAGCCCUCAAGACCAUUGUGGUCCUCACGCUUCGCAAGGUGGCUGGGGACGAGCUGACUGGGCUCUGCUACGUGGCCAGCAUGGACGCAGCGGCGCUCACGGGCUUCGUUCUGGUGCCCCUGUCCUGCUACCUGGUGCUAGGCACCAGCUUCCUCCUGACCGGCUUUGUGGCCCUCUUCCACAUCCGCAAGAUCAUGAAGACCGGCGGCACCAACACGGAGAAGCUGGAGAAGCUCAUGGUCAAGAUUGGGGUCUUCUCCAUCCUCUACACGGUGCCUGCCACCUGCGUCAUUGUCUGCUACGUCUAUGAACGCCUCAACCUGGACUUCUGGCACCUCAGGGCCACAGAGCAGCCAUGCACAGCAGCCACUGCGCCCGGAGGCCGGAGGGACUGCUCUCUGCCAGGAGGCUCCGUGCCUACUGUGGCUGUCUUUAUGCUCAAAAUCUUCAUGUCACUGGUGGUAGGCAUCACCAGCGGUGUGUGGGUGUGGAGCUCCAAGACUUUUCAGACCUGGCAGAGCCUGUGCCACCGCAAGAUGGCAGCUGGCCGGGCCCGGGCCAAGGCCUGUCGGGCCCCUGGGGGCUAUGGCCGUGGCACCCACUGCCACUAUAAGGCCCCCACCGUGGUCUUGCACAUGACUAAGACGGAUCCGUCUCUGGAGAACCCCACACAUCUCUAGUGACAGGCCUGGCUCUGGAUGGCGGCUGCCCCCUCCUUGCCCUCCCCUCCCCCCAAGAGACAGCUGACUAGCAGCUGCCCAGCUGUCAAGGUCAGGCAAGUGAGUGCCAGGGGGCUGAGGACCAGGGUGGGGACCCAGUGAGACUCACACCCCUAUCCCCGGCUAGCGCACGGGGGGCAGGCCUGGUGGUUCCCGGAGGGUCCGAGGAGAGGAGGGGCAGAGGAGGGCGUGGUGCAGCAGGGAGCUUAUUUAAUGCUGUAAUUUAUUGUUGAGUUUCUCUGGAAGCUGUGACUGGAAUA